UAUGAACCUAAAGUUUCUCCGUCUCUAAGAAAAAAACUUAUUUCCCUCAGACAAUCAAAGAUUUUGAAGACUUUACACUUUAGUUAUGUCGUUUGAUGAGAAGAGCAACUGUACAAUUGAUUUUGGUUCUGCAAUAAGCAACGCUAAUAAGGUUCCUUCAAAUAUAAAAGAGUGUGAUUCAAUAAAUGAAGGAGAAAUAGAAGACCCUUGGGCAUUGAUUGAUCCUCCGGAUAACGGAAAACCAUGGAUAGAAAAAACUUUUAGCGAGAGAUUGCUUACGAUUCUGAUAAUAUGUGCUAAGAUUGUUUCUCUCUUAUGCCUUCUUUAUCUUUUCAUAUGUUCACUUGGCUUCUUAAGUGAUGCUUUUAAAUUAUUGGGUGGUAAAAAAGCUAGUGAGGCCUUUACCCAGAAUGAAAUUUUAAGUAAUCCAAUAGCCGAGCUUGUACUUGGAAUCUUGGCAACUGUUUUAGUUCAAUCUUCAUCAACUACAACAUCAAUUAUUGUGUCUAUGGUUUCUACUGAAAUUCUACCGUUAAAGCCGGCAAUAUUCAUGAUUAUGGGAGCAAAUAUCGGUACAAGUGUUACGAACACCAUAGUUUCCCUUGGCCACACAACUAAUAAGAAUGAAUUUCGAAGGGCUUUCGCGGGAGCAACAGUACACGACAUGUUUAAUUGGUUAGCGGUAUUAAUCUUGCUUCCCAUAGAAUGGUUGUCAGGUUCUGUCGGACCGUGGAAAGACGACGUCGUUGGGCUUGUUAAUCCAAACGGAACAACUAUCAGAGGAUGUGGGUUACUUUGUCAAAUUACUGCCAAAAUGGUGGACGCCUUAAAUACAGAUAAAAUGGACAAAAAGGAAUUUUUGAAGGUUAUUACUAAACCCUUUACUAACCUUUUUGUCCAAAUUGAUAAAAAAGUGUUUGAAAAAAUUGCUCAAGGAACAAUAAAAUCUGGUGAUAAAUCUCUGCUUAAACAUGAAAAAGAUAAUAAAACAUAUUCAUAUCUAUUUGAAAAGAUUUCUAGAGGACCAAAUGGGUGGAGUGACGAAGCGGUUGGCGGGGUUCUUUUAGUCAUAGCUAUAUUUUUACUCUGUAUCUGCCUUUUUCUAAUUGUAAAGCUACUGCAUUCUAUGCUUAAAGGAGCUGUUGCUAAGGCAAUUAAGACAUCAUUGAAUGCUGACUUUCCUGGAAGGCUGGGAUUUGUAACGGGUUAUCUGGCGAUAAUAAUUGGGGCAGGUAUGACGAUACUCGUACAAAGUUCUUCAAUUUUCACUUCAGCUGUGACACCCCUUGUGGGAAUUGGUGUAUUGAAGAUUGACAGGGUUUAUCCCUUAACACUAGGAGCUAACAUUGGAACAACCUUUACGGCUAUUUUAUCCGCUUUGGCUAGUAGCGCUAAAAUAGGAAUAGCCAUGCAAGUAGCUCUUUGCCAUUUAUUUUUUAAUAUAAUCGGCAUAUGUAUUUGGUACCCUAUUCCAAGUCUUCGAAAGAUACCUAUAAAUUUAUCAAAAAAACUUGGUAAUAUAACUGCCAGAUAUAGAUGGUUCCCUAUCAUUUACCUAAUUAUCAUGUUUUUCUUACUUCCUGGUAUGAUUUUUGGAAUAUCUUUAGCUGGAUGGAGAGUUCUGUUAGGGAUUGGCCUACCAAUAUUGAUUUUUAUUACAGCUAUAGUUAUUAUAAAUAUUCUCCAAAGCAAAGCUCCCAGUAUUUUACCUCAUAAAUUGAAAAAUUGGGAUGCUUUUCCCAGACCUUUAAAGUCUCUAGAGCCUUAUCAUCUUUAUUUAUUUAAACCAAUGGGAAAACAAUUGAAGAAGGUUAAAAAUGUGAUAAAAUCAAAUGCAAUAUAUACAUCCUGUGUCGGCGUAUGCUUGAAACCAGAAGACAGUAGACAGGAUGUGGAAAAUAUCACCAAAGAUGCAAAAGAUCCCAAAGGUUUCAACGAAGUCGAUAACAAAGGUUAUAUCUCUCCAAAGGAAACUAUAUUGUAACUGAAAUAG